GGGUGAUGAAAUAUUCAGAUUUCAACUACCGAAGGAAGAUGCCAGAAAAGGUUCGGCGGCUUGGAGGGUUGUAUGAAGAAAUGGUGGAAUAGUGCAUGGGGCUUUCUGAUAAUCAAAUAGAUCAUGUUGCAAUCGAAGAGUCAUUCACAACUUUUGUUUCGAGUGCAGAAAGUCAUGUGGGGAUUAAACUGAGGGCACCAAUGAGGCUGCCGGAAGCACUAGAGAGUGUGACGGAGGAAGUUGCAGAUCCAGGGAUUGUGCCGGAAGCUGAAACAGAGAUUGUGCCAGAAGCUGAAACAAAGAUUGUGCCAGAAGCUGGACAAGAGAUUGCAAUGUUUGGGGAUGGAAGCUCACUGCAAGAAGUUGGAAGCCUCCCACGCACAAGGAGUUUGCCACUGCCGGUACUGGAAUGUCGAGAGAGGCAACCUCCCAGACCCAAAAGUGAGGAGAUAAGAAGUCGUGGAAUGGCGGAGGUGUAAACACUGUGAGGUAGUGAGGUAGUAGUCAGC